AUGUUUGCAGAACUGCUGUGCGGCGCCGUGGCUCUGGUCCUGUAUGUCAACACCCUGGACGCCGAUUUCUGCUACGAUGACAGCCGUGCAAUCAAGACUAAUCAGGAUCUGCUUCCCGAGACCCCCUGGACAAAUAUCUUCUACGAUGACUUUUGGGGCACCUUACUCACACACAGUGGCAGCCACAAGUCCUACAGGCCCCUCUGCACCCUCUCCUUCCGCCUCAACCAUGCUGUGGGUGGGCUGGAGCCCUGGGGUUACCACCUGGUUAACGUGGCCCUCCACGGGGCUGUGACGGGCCUCUUUACCUCCCUCGCCCGCCUGCUGCUCGGAGGAGGCCUGUGGAGCCUGCUCGCCGGCCUCCUCUUCGCCUCUCACCCCAUCCACACCGAGGCGGUGGCGGGCGUCGUGGGCCGGGCCGAUGAAGGUGCCGCCCUGUUCUUCCUGCUGUCCCUGCUGUGCUACAUGCGCCACUGCAAGCUGCGCGGCCACGCCGCGCCCUGGCGACUCGCGGCCUGGUUCCUGGGCAGCCUGGUCUGCGCUGCAUGCAGCAUGCUGUGGAAGGAGCUCGGCGUGACCGUCCUGGCCGUGUCGGCGCUGUACGACGUCUGCGUUUUCCACAAGCUCAAGUUGCGCCAGGUCAUCUCGCUCCUCUACAAGAGAAAGAACGUCCACCUGCUGCUGAAUGUGUUUUUGCUGGCAGCCUGGGGAGCCGUCCUGUUGGCCUGCCGCUUCUACUGGAUGGGGAACAAACCCCCCAACUUCUCCAACUCCGACAACCCGGCAGCCGACUCGCCCGCUCUCCUCACAAGGACGCUAACCUUUUCUUACCUGCCCGCCGUCAACUUUUGGCUUCUCCUUUGCCCGGACACGCUCAGCUUUGAUUGGUCAAUGGACGCCCUGCCUUUGAUCAGGAGCCUUGCCGAUUGGAGGAACACUCACACCGUAUUCUUCUAUGUUGCGUUGCUCUUCCUGGCUUGGUUCAGCCUGCGGACGCACCAGACGGCCAAAGGCAAAGAGACCAAUGGCAAAGCGCAUCAUUACACCAAUGGCAGAAAUGGGAACAGUAACGGGCACAGUUACCAAUACAACAAUCAGGAACAUUUGAACAAUUCCCACACGGACGCUCACAUUAAUAGUGCACAGAAUGGUACCAAAAAGCACUACGAGAGCAGGACUCCACUGCCCACCACCGAAAACAUUGUGGUGUUCUCGCUGGGCCUGCUGGCCAUCCCUUUCCUCCCCGCCACAAACUUGUUUUUCUACGUGGGGUUCGUGAUAGCAGAGAGAGUACUUUACAUCCCCAGCAUGGGCUUUUGCUUGCUGGUGGCGGUGGGGAUGAGGUCUCUGUACGUCCGUCUGCGACGCAGGUCCUCCAGGGCGCUGUUGGUGUACUGCAGCGCCGGCGUCGUCCUUCUUUUCGGUGUCAAAACUGUUUUGAGGAACCGGGACUGGCGGAAUGAGGAGAUGCUCUACAAGUCGGGGAUUUAUGUCAACCCUGCUAAAGCAUGGGGCAACCUUGGGAAUGUCUUGAAGAGCCAGGGCGAGAUGGAGGAGGCUGAACAGGCAUACAGAAAUGCCCUCUAUUACCGCAGCAACAUGGCCGACAUGCUGUAUAACCUUGGUUUGCUGCUACAGGAGAGCAACAAGUUCUCCGAGGCACUUCAGUACUAUAAGCUGGCCAUUGGGAGCCGGCCAACUCUGGCUUCGGCCUACUUGAACACGGGCAUCAUCCUGAUGAAUCAGGGUCGCCUCGACGAGUCCAAGCGCACCUUCCUGACCUGCGCUGACAUCCCCGAUGAAAACCUGAAGGACCCCCACGCCCACAAGAGCUCAGUCACCAGCUGCUUGUACAACCUGGGCAAGCUGCUCCACGAACAGGGACACCAGGAGGAGGCCCUCACGGUGUUCAAAGAGGCAAUACAGAAAAUGCCAAAACAGUUUGCGCCACAGAGCCUCUACAACAUGAUGGGAGAGGCCUACAUUCGACUGAACAAGCUGACCGAGGCUGAACACUGGUACAGAGAAUCCCUGCGAGCCAAGCCGGACCACAUUCCAGCACAUCUCACCUAUGGCAAGCUGCUGGCUACGACGGGGCAGAAAACAGAAGCGGAGAGGUACUUCUUGAAGGCCAUCCAACUGGAUCCCGCAAAAGGCAACUGCUAUAUGCAUUAUGGUCAGUUUUUGUUGGAAGAGUCGCGGCUGCUGGAAGCCGCAGAGAUGGCAGAGAAAGCCGCACGCCUCGACAGCGGGGAGUUUGAUGUGGUCUUCAGUGCGGCCCACAUGCUCAGACAAGCCAGUCUAAACGAGGCAGCCGAGAAGUACUACGGACAAGCAGCGAGCCUGAGACCCAAUUAUCCUGCCGCCUUGAUGAACCUGGGGGCGAUCCUCCACCUCAAUGGGAAGCUGCAAGAAGCUGAAGCCAAUUACCUCCGAGCGCUUCAACUGAAACCGGAUGACACCAUCACCCAGUCCAACUUGCGUAAGCUGUGGAACAUAAUGGAGAAACAGGGCCUGAGGACCAUGAGCCCCUGA